GGUCCGGAAGCAGCGAUGGCGGCGCGGGCCGGGCCGGGCCCGGGGCCGGUGCUGCUGCUGUCGCUGCUGUCGCUGCUGUCGCCGCUGUCGCGGGCGGGCGCGGGGGACGCGCGGCAGGCGGCGGCGGUGCGGGCGCUGGCGCGGCGGCUGCUGGGCCCGCGGGCCGCCGCCGUGACGCUGUCGGUGGAGUCGGCGCUGGCGCCGGGCGGCCCCGACACUUACCGGCUGGUCUCGCCGCCCGGAGCCUCCGUGGCCGUGGCCGUGACGGGCUCCAGCGGCGUGGCGGCGGCCGCCGGGCUGUACCGUUACCUGCGCGACUUCUGCGGCUGCCACAUCUCGUGGUCCGGCGCGCAGCUCCGCCUGCCCGACCCGCUGCCGCGGCUGCGGGGUGAGAUCCGCGUGUCCGCGCCCGGCAGGUACCGCUACUACCAGAACGCGUGCACCCAGAGCUACUCGUACGCCUGGUGGGACUGGGCGCGCUGGGAGCGGGAGAUCGACUGGAUGGCGCUGAGCGGCAUCAACCUGGCGCCGGCGUUCGCGGGGCAGGAGGCGGCCUGGCAGCGGGUGUAUCGCUCCCUGGGGCUCAACCAGUCUGAGAUCAACGCCUACUUCACCGGGCCGGCGUUCCUGGCGUGGAACAGGAUGGGCAACCUCCACGGCUGGGCAGGGCCGCUGCCGCCGGCCUGGCACAUCAAGCAGCUUUACCUGCAGUACCGGAUCGUGGAGAGGAUGCGCUCGCUGGGGAUGAUCACGGUGCUGCCGGCCUUCGCGGGCCACGUGCCACAGGGGAUUCUUCGGGUCUUUCCGCAUGUGAAUGCCACUCGCCUUGGGGGCUGGAGCCACUUUGACUGCACCUACUCGUGUACCUACCUGUUGGAUCCAGAGGACCCCAUGUUCCAGGUGAUCGGGACCCUCUUCCUGAAGGAGCUGAUCAAGGAGUUUGGCACAGACCACAUCUACAGUGCCGACACCUUCAACGAGAUGACCCCUCUCUCCUCUGACCCUGCCUAUCUCUCAAGGGUCAGCAACGCCGUCUUCAGAUCGAUGACGGGAGCCGACCCCGAGGCGUUGUGGCUGAUGCAGGGCUGGCUCUUCCAACACCAGCCCGACUUCUGGCAGCCGGCGCAGGUGCGGGCCCUGCUGCACGGCGUCCCCCUUGGCAGGAUGAUCGUCCUCGACCUCUUCGCCGAGUCCAAGCCCGUCUACCAGUGGACCGAGUCCUUCUACGGGCAGCCCUUCAUCUGGUGCAUGCUGCACAACUUCGGGGGCAACCACGGCCUCUUCGGCACCGUGGAGGCCAUCAACCACGGCCCCUUCGCCGCCCGGCGCUUCCCCAACUCCACCAUGGUGGGCACCGGGCUGGUGCCCGAGGGCAUCGAGCAGAACGACAUGGUGUAUGAGCUGAUGAACGAGCUGGGCUGGCGCCAGGAGCCCCUCGACCUCUCCGCCUGGGUGACCCGCUACGCCGAGCGCCGCUACGGCACCGCCAACGCGGCGGCCGCCUCCGCCUGGCGCCUGCUCCUCCGCAGCGCCUACAACUGCACCGGCGUCUGCGUCAACCACAACCGCAGCCCGCUGGUGCGCCGGCCCUCGCUGCGCAUGGACACGGAGCUCUGGUACAACGCCAGCGACGUCUACGAGGCCUGGCGCCUGCUGCUGAGCGCCGGCGCGGCGCUGGGCGCCAGCCGCACCUUCCGCUACGACCUGGCGGACGUCACCCGGCAGGCGGCUCAGCAGCUGGUCGGCGAUUACUACCUGAGCAUCCGCCGCGCCUUCCAGAGCCACGCGCUGCCGGAGCUGCUGGCGGCCGGCGGGGUGCUGGUUUACGACCUGCUGCCGGAGCUGGACGCCCUCCUCUCCAGCCACGGCCUCUUCCUGCUGGGCCGCUGGCUGGAGAGCGCCCGCGCCGUGGCCACCAGCGACCGGGAGGCCGAGCAGUACGAGCUGAACGCCCGCAACCAGCUGACGCUCUGGGGACCCGGCGGGAACAUCCUGGACUACGCCAACAAGCAGCUGGGGGGGCUGGUGCUGGAUUACUACGGCGUGCGCUGGAGCCUCUUCGUCUCUGCCUUGGUGGAGAGCCUCAACUCGGGCGUCCCCUUCCACCAGGACCAGUUCAACCAGGCCGUCUUCCAGGUGGAGAGAGGCUUCGUGUACAACAAGAAGCGUUACCCAGCUGUGCCUGCUGGGGACACGCUGGAGAUCUCCAGGAAGCUCUUCCUCAAGUACUACCCCAGUGCCCUGAGGCGCAGCCGGGCCGGCGUGACUGCCCCGCGAGGGAGGGCAGAGACUCUGCACCAAGGCUCCCCCAGCUCCCAGCCUAACGCUGUGCUGGAAUGAAGGCACGAGAGCUGGCAGCUGGGUGGGGGGCAGACUGUGCCCUGGGGAUCCAUCCUGUGCUGUGCUCUGUGCUCAGCUCUGCCAGCCCAUGCCCUGAGCCUGUCCCUGGGGAUGUGCUUGAGGGGUGAGCCUGAAGGUGAGGGCUCUGCUGCCCCAAGGCUAGGAGCUCGUCAACAGAAGCUCGACAGGAGCCAAGAGACUGCAGAGGGACAGGGCACACUGGCAGGGACAGUGACGGCAGAGUAGCAGCCGGGGAGGUGGCACGGAUGAGUGGGUGCAGCAGCCCCUGAUCCAGGGCAAGCAGGGAACCAGCCUCAACCCUGCUGUAGUCCUGAGCCUCCUCCUGCCCCGUAGGACCCCAGCGCCUAUGGGGACGUGCUGCCACACUUGGUGCCUUUUGUAUCUGGAGACACUUUGCAGAGCUUUCUGCCAUGUUGCUGGGGCUCCCUGUGACAGGACAGGACGGGGUUUUCUAGGCCUUUCCCAGCCACCUGCAGCUCAGGCAAAGUCUGGCUGCAGCACUGCCAGCCUGCAGAGCAAUUAAAGGCCUGGCCCCUGCCUGUCCUUUUUUCC